AUGGGCUCCCGAAACUACAACAUCUCCACCAGCGGACGUGGCCGAUCGCGUCUCCAUUCGAGAGUUAAGACUGCCCAAGCUGCUCUACCAGCGUCAACUACGAGAAACGAAGACAUUGAAUUGGCAGUUCUUGUCAGCCCACCUGAACUGGUAUCACGAUGCACCUCGAAACAACCGUUUCCUAUAGAAUCAGGUAUUCGUCUUUCCAAUUGAUAUUGUGAUCGUGUGACUCGCGGCAUAGUAUUUGCUACUUUACUAUCAAUUGAAACCAAGUAGUAUCCGUGUUAUUACAUCGAUUCCAAAUGUAUAAAGUAAUGCGACACAAGUACUCGUUUUUUUUCUCUGGGAGGACUUUCGGUCGCAAUUUUUCGGGUUUAUUUGGUUUUACCGCCUUGGCAGCGUAGCCACAUAGAGUAUGCAUUUUUGCUUUUUUGUGUUGCCUUAAGGAAUUUUCACAAACUCCGAAGAACGUUAGUUAUAUUUAAUACAAAUUAUCCCUGGCCAAGGCGUAGACGCAAACUUUACUUGCCUCUAUUGGUAAGUAGUGACACUUAGGCCGGAUCAACGCGAUUACGAGCGAAUUUUAAACUAGACUGAUUUCACGUGUAUCCUGACCAAAAGGGAUCGAAAUAUCAUCCGUUUUCCACUUUUUUCACGUGGAGAUCUGUUUUUUACAUAGCUGCCAUCAAUCAACACACAUUUCGUCGAGAGCCCAGUCUUAUUCAUACAAAUUUAAAAUAUGGGUCAGUCUGCACAUAUCCAUGAACAAGGCCUGUUUUGCCGUUGAACUGCGAAUUUCCUGCGCAGGUCCCAAGGCGCUUUGUACCCACGCCUUUGAGAUGUCCAUUUAACCCCAGUCAGUUUAUGGAAUUUGGUAUCCUGGCUUGUUUUCUUAAGUGUUAACAUUAUUUGUUGACCAUUAUCCAAAGUGGAGCCUCUGUUUCCGUUUCAGACACUCGGACGCGGGUGUUCGUUUACCUUGUCUCCCUCGCGUUGAGUUUGGCUGCGUUAAGUAUUUUGAAACUACAUAAGCUCUUGGAGUGGCUUCUCGUGGUAAGUCUGCCUUUUGCUCAAAUGGUUUUUAGAUUAUUUUCUUCAUGCUACAGGAUAACUAUAAUGCACCGUUAACCUAAAUUCGUCAAAGUAUUGUCUGCCAAACUCUUUAGGAAGUUACUGUGAAGACCUCCGAUUUCCCUGCUGGAGUUUCGCUAAGUUCGAAGCGACGUGCCCUUGGAAUCCCUCUGUCCUAAUGCUAGUUUCCGGAUCGUCUCCUGUAAUUGUUCUAAAUGUCCGGGAACAACUGACGUUAUGUGUCUGGACAUGCCGACUGGUACUUGCGGCCAUUUAUGCGGGUGAAGAAGAGCCAGAUGUUUGCGUGUGGCGUGUUUUGGGCGCUGGCUUCUAACCAUUGAGGUCACAGCCCCCGACUUCAACUUGAGCCGAAAUAACUCGGAUUUUCUGCUAGUUUCGUAGAGGAAGGUGAGAGUGAGGUCAACCCAACUCAGAUCCAGUAAUUACUUCAUCAUUAUAAACAAUCAAAGACGCUGUAACAUCAUCAAGGCACGCCAACAGCCGUGACCUGUGAGGUUAUCAAUCGACUGAAACACUCGGUCCUAUUGAGGACUGAGAACCAUACUUCAGUAACUCCUUCCUCACUUAUGUGGGACCCGAGGACCUCUCAUUUGAAGACUGGUUCGUAUGUACUUAAGUGUAGGCACGCGUGUGGUACUCGCAGAAGUGGUCCAAGCCAUCCAUCCCUAUUCGUCUUGGCCAGAUCUUGUUAGGACAUGGUCGGUAUGAAAGAGGGGCUAAGGUAGGUGUUGCGAAACUGCCUUAUUGUAAACAAACCCGAUCGUAAGUCACCGUUGCUCGCCCCUCGGGACAGCCGUUGCUUGUGACGGCUGAACUCUCGAUCAUCGCAUCGCCGAGAGCUGACUGACCUACACAAUUUACCUGGACUAUUUCUGCAUCUACUCACUCUUCGUGACCAUUUCACCGAGAAGAACAGACGGUGACUCACCAACACACCAUGAUAUCUUUUCAUAUCUUGUCUGCGUGCCUCUCGUCAACGUUUGUGCGCAAAAACGUGUUAAUACCGGUGGCUCGUGGCACCUUACGACAGCCAGGACCUGGGUGGCUUUUAAAAACGGAGUCUGUAUAACGUAGGCGGGCAUCUUACCCACUCAUCAGUCGUUUCCACGCAUUUGCACGUCCUACUGGUUUGCAUUACAUUCUGGAUAUUACCGUAUCCGAUAACAGACCGGACCUGCUGUCUCCCCACCUGUCGACUAGUGAACUACUGCUUGAAUUCAUCAACCCACUACAUCAGAGCUUCCAGUCGGUAGUGCUGACUAACUUAUGCUAAUGACGUCUUUGGAGGACAUUCGGCUAUGAUUUCACUCCUCUCCGCCUGCCUGAGGUUCUGUGUAGUUCAGAUGGUAGGCGAAAAAGGUGACAUUUUCGUAGGCGUCUGGGCCUUCGCAAUCGCGUGCGCUGAAGACACAGAUUCGGUUGGACUGUCUGGAUCCAACAUACAUCAUCAUAUUCUGGGUUUCUUCCCUAACGAUUCGCCACCAAAACUUUACUGUGCUUACCUUUAUGUCCUAUUUGGUUUUGGAGCUUUCCGCCUUUAGUCUUAUCUUCAUCUAGUGAAGUGUCUACCCAUGUGGAUCCAUGACAAAUUAUCGACUUAGUCGAUGCAACACCAUAUAUUUCUUUACAUUAAAAAAACUGCUGUCGGUUGCGUUUGCAGUUCAAUAAAUUUGGAGAAUUUGGUAGAAUCUGAGUGGAUGAUGCAGGUGUAAAAACCUCUGUAUCCAUCCCGUUGCAUUUAACAUCAGUAACGUUGCCCAUAGAUAGAAGGAAGUAAGUUCCGUCGGAAACCAUGCAUGCUCAUGCCAUGCCACUACUUCGCCAGGCGUCACAUACGAAGUGGCGUGCUUAAAAACACGAGUGAUCCCUUCUUCAUACUCCUCUCAUGCUAUCACAGUGAUGCGAGCUGGGCCUUGUCUUACCUGUCCAUAAAAUGUUCUGGCAGCAAGCAAGCUUCUUGUUUCUUUGGCGCUCAAAUUCGGGCCUUCUGUUCUUGAGGCAAGCCAGUGCCCUACCUCUCGUGGGAACCCGCAUUGUUUCCUCUGGUGAGGUCAUUUCCUAGUUUUUGACUUUAACUCAGGUGCGUCUCUCUCCCGGUGUGCGUUAUUGACCUGGCCAGCUGCUCCAACGGGUACUCUCCACAUCAGGGGAAGACUUAGUCUGUCGUCAAUCACUGUUAUUUUCCAUGGCCUUCCUGGAUUAUUGAUGUUCUUACGACAGUCACUGCGUCCUUCUAAAGAGAUGUACUGAGUAGUUUAUUUGGCCGCAACUGCUAUUUUACCCUGUCUCCUUUAGGUGCUUACUUGGUCUUUCCAGCCUAAUGAUGGCUUAACUCACUGCUAGCGUGGGCCAUUUUGACCUAAUAUUGGGGAUUAGAAACAGAUUUUGAAUACAGAUGUAUAUUUUAAGUUGAAUUCGGAUCUCUUGCUAGCUUUCUUUUAAACAAAUUGAUAGCGGAAUAGCUCGCAGAUUCCCCGUAAAAGAAGAGGAAGUGUCGCCACACGCACAAUAAUGCUGCGACUCCUGCAUCUCCCGCCAGACCUGAAUGUACAGCCAGUGACUAAUCUCAUGAAAUGCUAGCCGACAUUCUGAAGUGCGUCUUUCAAUUGGGAAUAAUUACGUAAGUAAGGUUGUAAUAUUGGCUAUCGUGCGGCAUAAUCCCAUGAUAUUUCGGACUCACUAGGAUGUUUGCUGUUCAAUGCACCCCUUUUCGGUUGCCUAUAGAAAACUUGAGCUGGGGGUAUUUUUUCCGUUAACUUUUGUUGCCUUUAUAAAUUCAAGUAUAAUUAAUGGAAGACGGGCACAAAAAUAUUCCAUCUUGCACUCUUUUGGCAGCAAGCCACGUCUUCUUCAAGUUCUAUACCCCCCAAAACGGCACCUUUCGGUCUUAAAAAGUUUUUCUAUUCCCGAAUGAUUUGGAGCCCGAUCUGCCGUUGCAUUUGUUUUCAGCGCUUUCAGUCUACAAGUCGCACACUUUACACGUAAGGAAAAUCAUACAGUCCUCCAUGCCAUUAAGAAGCCACCAUAUAGAGUCUAUACCGUCUUACAAUUUAUAUGGACUAUACUGUAUACUUAAUGAGGAGCCUUAAUAGACUGACAGAUACGAUGCUGUAUGAAUGGACAUUUUACGGUCUUGAAAAAUCUCAAUUAGUAACUUUUUUGAGGCAAACAGGCAACCUUGCAAGUAUAUAAUUUGAAGGAAAUAUGAUUUGCUACCAAAUGAAUGCACGGAAGAAUAUUUGUGUGCAUGUUUUCCAUAGAUUAUAUUGGAGUCUAUGCAAGCAUCGAAAAUCAAUAGAAAAAAAAUACAUACUACCUAAGUUUUUUGUGGGCGACCGAAAAGGGGCUUCAUUCAAAAGUCAACUUCCUGAUGAGUCCGAAAUAUCGUGGGAUUAUGCCGCACAAUGGUCAGUAUUACAACCUUACUAGUGCAAUAGUUCCCCAUUGAAAACGCAUUUCAGAAUUUCAGCUAACGCUUUAUGAGGUUAAUCACUGACUGUAAUUACAGUCAACUUAAACAGAACGUCUACACUUUCAGUUCAAAUUGGUUCGUUACAUUUACUUCCAAUAUACUGCGGUAAACAGCUAAGGUUGUAGUAGUUCUGUCAGUUCCCGAAUAGCUUUGAACGUUUAUGCGGGCUUCCCAGGUAAGAUUUACUGUCAUUUUUUAACGAAUUUUAAGAUCAUUUGCUUCAAGUAAGUUAAAACAAAUACUAACUCAUAAGGGUUGGUCUUUAGGAUGUUUUUUCUCCAAAACAACGUAGACUCGAUUCCGUUGAUUAGGGCUUUGCAGAAAAAAUAGUUGACUCCAUCCCAGAGUAAAAAAACAACAGUGGAACAUCUGCUGAGUUGCAGCUUCCUCCAGGCACGAUUUCCUUCCCUGACUGGUGAAAUGUUCGGUUGCGAGGUGGCGUGCCACCAUGUAUACACGUGAGGUCGUGCUCAUAUGACAAACCAGGUGGCAUAAUGUUUUGCUUUUGAAGUAUGGAUACUUUUUGACAUUGAACUCGAGCUUUUUUUUAAUUGCGGCCCCUAUCCGUACUGUAUUCUUGUAAAUUCGAACCUAGGCAACGAUGCGAAUUUUGUGACUUUUCCACAGGUUUUUUUUUAAAGAUUUUCAUGGGCUCAGUAGGUUGCAUCCAUUAUGGACCGUGACCUGUCCGUUCGGAAGAAAAUUUGGGCUACUAGGCCACCUCGAAUACGCAGCCGUUCGACUUAAGCGUAAUUGAGUCGUAGAGGUAAAUUACUUUUAUCAGGGUAAAAGAAUAAGCUUCGUGUGGUGAAUUCCAAGCUGACGGGCCUGACGACCUCCAGUUUUAUUUGUCCUCACAAUUCACCAUGCUUGUAGUUAAAACUAUCAAAAGGCCAUACAUCCGCCUCAUCGCCCCUCUCAACCUUGACAUUUGCAUACUUCUUGUUAAUUUAGUCAACGAGGUUAGAGAUAGAUGUCCGCUCUGUGUCUUCAGGACCCAAAUUUCUGUUUCGAGACUGAUUUCCUGCCUCUGCAUUUAUGUUUUUCACAGGACACCGAUGUGACGUCUUUCCAUGGCAGCAUUUCCGAUCUCAAGAGCAAAUCCAGUGUAAUUGCGGAGAUCCUCAAGGCCGCUGCUCUGCGCUACAAAAAGUCACUUAAUUCGCCUGCUCGCGCGGUUGAUGCAGAAAAGGUGCAUGCACAGGAUCUUAUGAGCGGAUCGGUAGUGCCCACCAGUGCAGCCGCCGCCGACGCUACAACUCCAGCCUUCUUUACUGCUCACGCUGCCACAGCGAAGGACCACAGAUGCCUUUGUUCCCACCCCUCAUCAUCGGCCGUGCUCCAGUCGCAGACAACCAGUCCCGGGAAGCGCUCCGACGCCACAAAUGCCCUCGGAUUCUGUCAUCACUGGCCGUCUGUUUCACAGCCCUGUAUACUUUGCUACUUGGCUUCCUCGGGCGAAUAUUCCUUGCCCUUUAGCGACCGUCGCCAACGCAGUUACAGCGAAUCCAAGUGCGGACACCAGCCGCAGUCAGAUACUUAUAGCUGGCCAUCGCCUUCGCGCCUUAAUGCCGGCAUUUGUAGGAGUCAGGUCUCGGUUGGACACACUCCAGGCUCCCUGUCAGUGGAACUGUGUUCGGCCAACAUCUCUCGUCUGUCAGGUCUUGAGCUGGCUGCUGCAAUCAGCAAACAGAAAGCCAAACAUCGCCGAUUUGUCGGCUGUGGGGAAGAUAGAUGCAACGAAAGCCCCGGAAUCGCGGCCAGUCCGCAGAGGCCGAAUGACGUUCCCGUUGCGUCCACUAGGGAACCUCUCAGCGCCAGAAUUGGUGAGUGAGGUCCAAAUGAGAAACCACUCCCAUGCUCACUCUGCUUAUUCUAGCCGCAACAUUUUCUACUUAAGACUGACUUCCAUCUAUCCGUCUAAGUGCUUUUACGUUUUGUAUUCUAAUGUUAUCUGUCGCUAUUUCGAUUUCGUUUUUUUCACAUCUACUUUAAGUCUGCCUGCUUCUCCGCGUCCGUGGGCUACUCCUAACCAGUCACCUCCGCAAUUUACUACUUGUGUUUUUCCUUCGACAGCGCCGGCUUUUCUGGUUUGAAUGCAUAAUCUGUGCGCCGUCUUGGCCGACCUUGAGUUUUUUUAUCACGUGCUAUUGUUUUUCUUCAGGGGUGGAUUUCGAGUCCAGUUUUUGCUACUGCCGGUCAGUGCUGAAGUUCCAUCUUAACCAGUAUGCUAGCACGAUUGCCCAACCAUCUUGGAUUAACUGUAGUACGCUAAGUGAUAUUUGCGUCGGUUCAAGCGAGUUUUGCUUGCACCGCAGCUCUGACAGCUUUUCAGAAACCCCAUGAAGCUGAGAUACACCAUCUUAAACUUGCGUCAGUUAACUCAUCAAGUACUGAAAUUCUGAUCCUUAAGCAUGCUCUCGUCUGUGAGCUUACAACCAUCCUGUGUUGACUUGCUUUCAGUCACCAGUUUUAGACUAGCAAAGAUAGCACUUCUAGGUUCUACCUAUCGGUCUGUGGGAUGCAGAUCGCGCUCUCUUCGGUUAGUAGAACAAGCUCUGACCAUCCUAAAUCAACGGAUUUGCAUAAAUUAUUUUUUAGGUACUUCGCCCAUAGCACUUGAAAAUUCUAAAGACGGCAUGCCUCGUGUGUUUAAGUCGGUUUCAGUCCUUGCGUUUUCUACAAGCCACCUCAUCUUAUGACAAGAGCAUUAUAAAAAGCUGGUACACACUUCACCUGAUUAGGAGCUGAGGAGUCCGUAUUUUACCGUCAUUUUCGGCUAAUGUUUUUAGCCUCUUUUCGACUUGCCCAACUUUUCACGCUACUCGUAGUGUUUUUUGGCGUCCUCUCGAUUAUCGGCCGAAAUCACUGGGACACUUUUUAGUUGACCAUGCUUAGGCCAACCACUCGACUAUGGGCAAAAAGGAGUUCGCUUUAAUGAACAACGUUUGGCGCAAGACGGAGCCAAACUGGCAAUUGUUAGUACGAGCUGAGUGUUUCGCCACUGAGUUAUCGUACCCACACCACCAUUAUUGACAAAACUCCAACCUCAGGGGUUGCGCGAUUUCAGCCAAUGGGACUCCAUACAUGAGUGAAUAGACCACAUCGGAUUGCCAACCCCUACUUCUUCUGUGGCUCUAGGGUGAGUAGGGAUAGAUGGGGCAGCGGCCAAGACGGCCUCCGCGCGCAGGCCAGGGAACACUGUCCAUGGACCUUCGCGGUUUGAGCGGCGAUGCGGAGUGCAGACGACAUAUGCAGAAAAUGAGAGAGACCAGUGAGAUACUGACGACCGCCAUCAAAACGCCCAGCCGGGUGUUGGGGAUUUGGUAGAAUAGUCGGGAGAGAUCCAAUAAGGAAAAACGGGAACCGACGAUAACGAUUUAGCAGGCAUUAACGACCUGAAUGAAGAAGUCGCUGUUGGUGCACCGAUGGCAGCGACCAAAAAGUGACUGCCGCAAGCAUAAAUAAGUACAACUGGGGCAUGAAGUUGCCAGGGCUAUUGGUCGCACACUGGCGAUGCAGCCACGAGCCUUUGCACCAGGGAUGGCAUGAAACCAGAAAGUAAUGAUUACGUUUUGGGCUAGAUGAAGAAAUAGCCUGAACUCGCCGUACAUGUGGCCGUGGAAUGGAUGGAAAGGGUUGCCUGAUUUUGGAGAGAAGUUACAUCUUGGGCAAAAUUCACUAUCAAUGGCAGAAGAGAAAAUGAGGAAGUUGAAAAUGGAACUGUCGAGGUCCCGGUGAAACAAUGACCUGACUAUAUCAAAGGUUACAAAUGGGAAACGUCACUUUCCACAAGGAGUCACUACACUAAUGUGCCUUGUUUUGACUCAAGGUGAACUGAUUUCGGUUAUUGUAUGGGCAAACGCUUCUGCCCUUCUGGUAUUCUGUUUCUUACUCUCUAUCUUUAGGAAUUUUAUAACCGCCAAGAUGUUGGACUAUGCCAGGUGUCUGUCGCACUUCACUUCAUUUGAUUCUGCUAGAGUGAUGAAGGUCUCUUUGAAGCACUGAGGACCGGUUUCCCCUACCAGUUGCCAGGGCGACUAAAGCCUAACCGGCUCUUUGUAAAACAUCGCAGUCCACAUUCGUUUUUCGGACAACCCUGCAGUGGGCGGAUCGAACCUUAUGACAACACAAGUAGCAGCCUCCCACUCCUGUGCAUCUUCCAAAAAUAUCGCAAACGCGUGCACACGUACACACAUUUGUGGUUAGAAUGUGUGACGGCAUCGUCCUAGCGCAUUGUUUUUGUGGCAUGGAAGCCUGUAUCUUUAGGCCAAUCCGACUGAAUUCCGCAUGCGCUUCACCUAGGCGCAUAUCGACUGACUGCCGCACGCACCGUCCUUCCUCCCUUUUAAGCGGUUGGCUACCGUGUCUACGCGCAGGCUUUUCGUCCGCAGUGUGCAGGUAAACACGGGACCCGACGACCUUCACGCUCUGUGUCGACGUCAUUGGCGCCUCUUCACCAAAUGGCGCAGGGAAAUCUCGUUAUGAGGUAUUUGCUUACACUCUAAUGACCUAGUACUUCAGGUCCCAGGAAAAGAUCAGGGUACUGUCAGCAAUUUAAGUCACGGCUGGGUUACUGGAUGUCACCCGAAAAUUUAGACGCCUCAGUUUAGUGCGUGUCAGUUUUUUCAUCAUGGAAAGGUAUGAAUCCCUCACUCGGCGGCCGUCCAGUGCUCACGGCCUCAGCCACCUUGACAGAUAGCCCUCCAUUCUUUCACAGACUGCCUCGCUUUCUAAGACACUACUGACUUUGAAUGUUCGCGCUCUGUGUGCCUGGGCGAAGGAUGCUAAAAGUGCACGCGUGGAUGGAGUUUUGAUCAUCUGGAGUUCUUACCGGCCAUCUAUAACUUGGAUUAAUCCCUUAAUUUCUGAGAAACGAAGAACUUCAUCAUUGUUUAUUAGCGUUUCUUCUACCAAAAGGUAACGGCCAGCUCUGCGGACCAAAAGAUCACCUAAGAACAACUGGGGUUUGCCUCACACCAUAGAUAUUUGUGAGGGGGGAGUGGGCCGUAGAUUUGGAGGUUGCAGUUCUCCUGACAUGAACGUAUGCGCACCAGAUUUUUGCCGAUGCAGUUACAUGGCCAAAUUUGCCCUAUUUAUUUUACUGAAACUACUUUGCCCCAUCGGUGGGCAGUUAACUUUUGGCUUGAGGGACAAGUAGUCAAUGUGGACUUGUUUCUCCAAGGAAAAGUUGUCUAAUCGUCUCCUCUUACCAUACUCUCCUUCCGUCAUUCCUCGUUCUCACCCCCUUAAUUGUCCUAUAAUCCUUACUACCACAACCAUAACCAUCAGCCUGUCCUAACCGACAUAAUUGGCUUUAUUCAUGACAUAAUGUCAUGAUAAAAAGUACCACCGUUGACUUCGACGAUGAUAAAGCUGGUUGUCAAGAUAUCAAUCAACUUUAUAUGGUGUAUUCUUAAAGGCAUAGUAGAAUACAUAAUUUUACUUACGCGGAAAAUAUACACCUUCAACACUGAAAUCGCUAAAUGGUAAUGCAACGACUGAUCUAGCUCUAAGUUAUUAGCAAAUCAGAAACUUUUCUUAAAACCUGAAGAUACCCUUCCUUCGAGCAUACAAUCUGAAGACGACGUGAUUUGCUACCAAAUGAGUAAAAGGAAGCAUAUUUUGUGAAUGCUUUCUAGAAAAUACAUUCGUAUUUCUAAGGGCGCCGAAAAGCAAUGCGAAGAAUUUCUGCUACUUAAGUAGUCGCUCUUCACCGAGUGCGGUUUUUACAGGUCGAAAAGAAGUGCACUCAAAAGCAAUCAUCCUGGCGAGUUCGAAAUAUCGUAGGAUUAUAGCGCAGGAUAACCAAUAUCACAAUCCCACCUUCUUAAUCGAUAACACAUUCCAGAAUGUCGGCUAACAUGUCAUGAGAUCGGUCACUGACUAUAUUUGUGACCAACCAUCGCAGUUUAAGGUCUUCUCCCGGCUCAUUGUGAACACAAGUCUCGUCUCCUCACGUGACCAGUACAGCGUCAAGUUGAUGUGUUACGAAUCCGACUUCUGGUCCGUUCUCCCAUUUUCCGGAACUUCCUAGCAUUUCCAGCGUAGCAUACUAUGCCGCGCAUCCACGAGAUCGAUCACAAUCACCAUUACUAAACUGUUAUAGAGCCUUAUAAAACUACUCUUAGACAGCAGUUACUACCACGUUCGUGUUUGUUUCGCAAACCCUUCCAUACCACCUAGUUUCCUUGUCUCUCACUGCACAUCUUACUAAAGUCAUAGUCUUUUUGGAAUCAGUUGCAGAGGCCAGCAGUGGAACCACUUCCCCGACGACCGAGUCUUCCAGUACGACCCCAUCGAGCCCCUUUUCGCGCCGCCACAACGGUUCCCCCAAGCUUGUGGCAUGCGUCGCGCCCACCAGUCAGCAUAUAACACAACAACCCGCCACAACCAUCUGUGGUCAUCAAAGAAGUCGCCUACGUACGGACUGUUAUCCUAAGAAGUUAAGGGCCCCCUUGGGUGACGGGAACCUUCAGACCGUCGAGGAAGUAGAAGAGCAUCUGGAAACCAAAACGUUCUCAGAAGAGGCAGCAGAGGCCACCGCUACUACUGAAGCCGGCAGCCCUGGCUUCCUCAUCACCACCACCUCAGCAACUGUGCUGGCCCGCGCUGCAGUUCUAGCCGUGCAUCGGAAGAUCUUUGAAAGUCGCGGCGUGGGCGUCAGCGUAGAGCGUGUUGAAGCUUGUACCUCACCGAUACCAUCAGCGUCACCAUUGUCUUUAGGUUCCCCCGUUACCUCCGUACCGCAAAAACUCAUCACGAAUACUUUUGGGAAAAAUGACGACUCCGUGGACAGUGUUUCCGAGGUGGAAGAUCUCGAGCUUGACGAUGACGGUGUCUGGUUCAGCCAUGACUUGCUUCCUCCUACCACACAUCGCAUAUUCUCUCCAAACUUUUAUGAUGUGGAAGGGGAAGAGGAUGAAGAGGUGUGUGGAAUCGGCAUUUUCUCCCCAAUUCUCAACCAGCAGGACGGUUCUUGUUCCAGCCUGACAUCUCAGCCCUCCGGACAUCUCUAUUCUGGCGAGGAAGAAGAGGCUAAUUUCUCUGAUCUGGUAGCCCUGACAACCAGUAUCAGCGAUGACCUCAUGAAGCUGGAAACAGGCUGCCACGAACUGAUUUACCGUGUACAAGCGAACCGCAUUGAAUUGGACAGCGUGCAGGACCGUCUGGGCUACGUGUGGAACAACAAAGACACCCUUGCGGACCUAAAUUCAGGGGAUGUCUAUAGCAACCCCCAGGAGGCCAGUUUACCGGAGCGCAGUCUCAUAGGACCGGCCUACAUGGAGGAUUCUUUUACGUCCUUUGCCUCCAGCACCUCUCGUAGUAUGGUGCGCCACACCCCUCUAGGGCGCUCCUUCAUCUCAGAUUCCGAGGAGACCCCGAGGAACAGUGGCGAAGGCGUCGACGGCUGCUGUUGCAGUUGCCAUCAGCCUCAUGCCUCAGCAGCCACGCCAUCCGCCCCACUCAACUUGACAACUGAAUGGCCGGCAACGGAUAGUGAGGAAACAGUUCUUGUGAGUGAUAAUACUGGUGACGGAUCUGCUCAAAUCUCCUUCGAGACGAAAACAAUUCAGUCUGUGAUCUCCGACGGCGUCACUAGGCAGUCACCCGGCAGCGACAGUUUCUUUAACCCAAGUAAGUGGCCCAUUUUUUCCGAAAUCCGACGUUUUUUUACGGAUAGUUACUAUUUCUUGCUUCUUCAGACGUAGCCAGUCAAGAUGUGGGUCGCUGAACAGUGGGUGGAGCCUUAUUAGCUCAUGAGAAUCAUUUGACAGCUCGAUUAUGGCGGAUGACAACGUCCACCGUGUGCCGCACGGCAUGGUGGGCGAAGGCACGGUGCCGUGCGCGGGAAUAAGUUUAUUGCGGUAGUCGACUUUCGAAGCACAAUGGACCAGGAUCUCACACAAACAAGAUAAGGUCGACUCGGACCCUAACUGAAAUGGGAGUGCCAUUGGGGAUACAUUAACAAGAAGCCAUUGUAACCUAGCUCUCCGUUUGGGGGAGAAGGACCGAGUUAUCCUGUCGAUUGGCAGCCUUCAAAGCCACGGCCUCUAGCACACCGUGAUAGUUUAAAAGCGCGUCAGAUUGUUGAUAGUGAGGAAUAUGCGACACGGUGAAUGUUGCCAACCACCCUAAUUUGCUCCAUUCUGCGUUCGGCAUGAUAUGGCUUAACCGGUUUUUUCGGUCGGGGAAGCGACUCUUGUCUGCUCACUGAUUGGAUGCAACGAUAAGAGCAGUUUUCGGUCCGUCACUCAGAAACAACUACCGUCUACCCAAACAACUCUCACCAGCACUUCCACAAAUCAACAUCACCGUCAUCGUCGACAUCACUGUCCUUGUUGUUGUUGUCAUCUAGGAUCUUGAAACCUGUUCAACAGAGAUGGGGCAACGGUUACCGCAGACACUGUUAUGACACACCGAGUAUGGAAAACCAGGCUGUACCUAAAUGUGUAGAUGUACCACAGGCAUGUAAGGUGUAUCGUGGGGACGGGGACCCACGUAGUAACCCUACGGCCGCUCUCGACUCGUUGAUGCGGUUAACUGAGCGUUACGCGACAAUGACAGUUCGACCGUCGUGACCGACGAUGUCCACCGGGUACUCCACAGUAAGGUGGGGACAGGGACGGUGACUUGCGUGCGAAUUAGUUUACAGUGGUAGUAGACUUGCAGAGCGUCUACCGCACUCUGCCCUUUCCCAUUUGGACUCGGUGUCAAGGCAUAGUCAAAAAGACCGGAGGCGGGAGAGGGCGCAGUUGACUGGUAGGGGUGGACCCGUAUAUAGGCUGCAAGUAGGGUUUUAUUCUUGAAUCGGUGGUUACAAUGACGUAAUCGAAUCGAAGGAUAUAAACAGCAACGUGUAAUCAACCAUUUGCGUUAAGAUUUGGCAAGGGAGAAGAAAACUUCUCUAGGACCGGAAGAAUUAGCUUCUUAUUCAAAGCUCCCGAAACCCAACAGGAGUCCAUCGUCAGAGGUGACAGUAGCAAAAAAAACAAGCGCAGUUCAAGGAGAUAAGAAGCAAUCAGUGAUCACUGGCGCGGCUCUGGAGUUGACUGCGCACGGCCCUGUAUACCGGCGCCAGAUUGAUACAUUGAUUGACUGAGUUCUCAUUCGAGGCCCAGGUUUCAAUAAAUUCUCGGCUUGCCUUGCUCGAGCAGUCUCAUUCUUUCUCAUACAUACUCUCGGAGCUGGAGCACUUGCCUUCAUACGUAAGCCGGUAGGAGUUCAUGAUUGGGUCGACGAACAUAUUUGUACUCAGUGCGGCCAUGAUUAUAUCUGAUCUCGAUGUCGCGUAUUCUACCUCCACGCGUGGCGAUUUGCGGCAGCUGAUCUGGGCAGCUCGACCCACCUUUUUCAGUGACGGAGGCGGAGCACAGAAGGUCCAAGAAUGAUUUCCAUUUCUCAAUGAACCGCAUGGAGCCAAGUCUUGAGUUGACCGCCUCUUCGGCGAUCGAGGGCUUCAUAACUGAGCUCUUGAGGAGAACGACGGAGAACGUGUCCGAAUCACCUCACUCGUCUUCCUUGGAUGGCCCAAGAUAUCGUCGAGAUAUUGUGGCGACGAGUGUGGACUGUUUCAUUUGAGUCGGCGUACCUCACCCGAAGGGUGGUCCUCAGGUAGCAGGCGCCAAUUUUCCACUGAUCGAACGGAUGCACAGUACACGCAAAUCUUCAUAGUGAUGGAGAUGUUGCGUCGGGUCCAUAGGCACUUUCUAAGAAUUGAUAAGACCCUGCUAGGAGCAUCAUUUUGGGAUACAAUGUCGUCCUUACUCUCUCCUUGGGCAGCAGCCUCGCUCCGAUGCAUUUGAAAUUGUCUAAUUCUUCAAGUACUUGGCAGUUCCCCAGGGAUGCCUUCUCCUGGACAGGAACCCAGCUCGAAAACAAUCUGGUCAUCCCAGCGUUUAUGGAUAAACCGACCGAAGUAGCGACUCUAUUCACUCGGGACACCACAGACCGUAAGUCGCCAAAGAUUGAGGCUAAAAGGGCGAUAUCGUCAGAGUAGUCUAGAUCAGUCAGCCGGUGUCCGGGUGCGAACUUUACACCAUCAAAACUGUGUAUGACCAUCCAGAGAAUCCAGUCAAUGUCAUAGUUGGACGGAACGGGCAACAGGAUAAACCUUGUAAAACUCCAGAUCGGAUAUCGAACGGCUAGGAGAUAUUGUUAUGAACGAGAACUCGUGCGGUCGUGGAGCGAUAGUAGGCUUUGAUCAUGGUGACGAUUUUGGCCAGCACACUAACUAGUUCAAUUCUUCGCAAAUGGAUCCGCAAUGGACGGAAUCUGAUGCAGCGGCGAAGUCAACAAAGCAGACGGCCGUCGGUUACUGGCAGUUAUGGCGGAAUUCCAGAAUGAACCUCAAUGUCAAUGUAUGAUCCGCGCAUCCGCGUGCAGUUCGGAAUCUGGCUUGAUCGGGCCCCUUUCUAGAGACAUCACAGACUGGAAUCGUGUGAGAAGGACAGCAAUGAAGACCUUUGUAGCAACGUCUAUGAGCGCUAUGCCGCCUCAGUUCCUGCAAUUUAUCUUAUCCCCCUUCUUGAAGACAUGCACAGGGAUGCCCGAUUCUCAGUCAUUAGGAACUACCUCAUCUUUCCACGCUUGCGUGACCACCUCUUGGAACUAGGGCGCCCGAACUACGACGGACGAUUUGUAAAUUGCAUUGGGAAUGCCAUCCUCUGCGGGCGCCUUAUUAUUAUGCAGCCUCUGUAUUGGAUUAGCAACUUCCCCUUCAGAAGUAGGGAUCGCUCGACACUGCAUAGGCUUCAGGGGAGGGGGCGUGAUGGUCAAAUAAUCGAAGUUGAGAUGGUGCUCGUAGCGCCACGCGAGGAAUCGCCCUUGGUCAUUAUCACCAAUAAGACCACUAUUCACAUCACUAACAGAGCCACUCAGUGUAGAGGGCUUACCACCAAAUUGGCAAAUAAUUUGGUAGAAUUGCCGAGUGUCACCAACGUUUUAGGCCUGCUCCAUGAAGGCUGCUGUUUCAGGUCAGUAUUUCUGUCUGUCAUCCCAAGUCGACUUUACUGUCAUUUUCCGGGAUUAGUAGAGGGAAGCAUCGUUGCAGGACCUGGCUCGUGCCAUCUGCAGGAGACAACUGCAGGGUUUUUACAAUGAUCCAGUCACUGUGGCGCUGCUGGGUGAAUCCGAGAAUUUUCUCAGCUGCCCCAUAGACUGAUGACAUCAGUGAUGACCAUCGGCCAGCACCUUCUCCAUCGGCUCGCGUCGUAAAGCGGAACCGAAUUUCCGUGCUUAGGACCUCGGCAGUGAUGGGUUGUUGAAGUUUUGCGACAUCAAGGCGUCUCUCACAUCGCAUUGCGGGCGCAGAUUGGAGGUGAGCCUUCAGGCAUGAGCAGACAAGAACAUGGCCCAACCCAUGGGUGUUACCAGUUAUGGCGCCACACAUGGGUCUGCUAUCGUAAACCUAGCUUCGCAACCUUGAACUGACUAUAGUUUACUCGAUCUAACUGCCCGUAUAGCGGUCAUUUGAAUACCGCGUCAGCAGAUGUUUGUGGCGACGUCGAAAGCACAUGUAGCUCACAAACAGUCAGUUCAGGUCAACAGAAUUCAGCAUCCCCUCGCCAUUGUUGCAUCGAGAACCAAGCCAAAAACGGCCAAUGAGGUGACUUCCUGAGGAGUCGCUGGAUCCAGUCUGGACGUUCCAGUCCCCAGCGAGGAGUCUUCUAAAUAGUUCGUGCAACUGCGAGUAGGUCUCUUUAUCGCCCUGCUUGGCAGCUGAGGUUGGCGCGUACACGGUGACAAUCGUGUGCAAGGUGAAAUUAUGCCAGUAAAAAAGCCUACACCAAGGAACUGAUAAAUAUAUCCAGUUUAUGCAAAUUGUAGAGCUUUAAAACAAAGCGAAAAAUACGUCCCACGGGAAGCACAGGUGCCAGGGUGGACGUGGACUACUGCAGAAAAUCAAACUAAAUGGCCUGGAUGCUAAAAUCUUGGCAUGUAUAUUCACUUGCUGUGCGUUCAGACAUCUCUCUAGUUCUCUGGCAUCAUGUUUCAUCAAUUGCAGCGUCUACUUUUUUUGUAGGCCGUUAACCAUAGUUACCAAAUUGUUUCACAGAAAAGUGGACUGCUUUAGAAAUAGGGGAAGGGAGAAGAAAAAAGAAAUGGGGGAAAGAAGAGAAAUGUGGGGGAAAUGAUAGUCAAUUCGUACGAAUUUUGGACCGGACGUUAUGCCAGACUGGCGAAGGUAGAGGCUUCACCUUAUUGGAUAUUUCGUGCUGCCCUUGCCUAAUCCCGUCGCCGCCUACUUUACCUUUCAUCCCUCUGGGUCACGUUUCACGACUUUGACGGCAAAUUUAAGGGUUAAAUUAUACCCACAAAGGCCUGGUAUUUUUGGCUUCCAUUUAUUUACCUGCUCCUGGUAGAGAAGUAAUUUUUUAUAACCUUGAACACUGCUUGAGUGGUGAGGAAGUCUUAUCUAUUUGGCAUACUUGAUCUCGAGCGGUUCACCUGCCAACAUGUUUUCUUCCCCCCUCCAGACGUGUCAUUUGAAGAUGAAGAUGCGGUUCAGUGGUGCGAAUCCAGGCCGCUCAUUUGCCAAAAGUUGUAA